AUGCGGAUUGCUCGCGGCCUAUAUCUAGGCAGUCUUCUCUUGCGAGGCGUAAGACCACUCGCUGCAAAACCAAACUCAUUUCAUAGGCUGUCCUUCUUAGCUGGAGCUCAGCGUACUCCUUUCUCAACCUCAAGAUUGAGAACAUUCCGAAAAUUUCCAGCAGUUCAAGCGGAAGCUCCCAAGAAGUCAACGGCGGACUCCAAGCCCAAGAAUGACUCUAAAACCCCAACUAUCUCGGAACUUAAGAUUCUGAAAGAUCUGUUCAAGUACAUAUGGCCGCAUGGCGACAACAAAGUUCGAGCCCGAGUUCUUAUUGCAUUGUCUCUACUUGUAGGAUCCAAGUUAUUGAAUGUGCAGGUUCCUUUUUACUUCAAAGAGAUUGUUGAUUCAAUGAACAUACAAUGGUCAGAUACCGGGUCAGUCUUGCCUAUUGCCAUUGGAACAAUGAUUAUCUCGUAUGGUGCCGCUAGGUUUGGGUCGGCCCUUUUUGGAGAGUUGAGGAACGCCAUUUUUGCGUCUGUUGCGCAAAGCGCGAUCACUAAAGUAUCGUUUCAGACAUUUCAACAUUUGAUGAAAUUGGAUCUGGGAUGGCACCUGAGCAGGCAAACAGGUGGACUCACUAGGGCCAUGGAUAGGGGUACUAAAGGUAUUUCUUACGUUUUAAGCGCAAUGGUUUUUCACAUCAUCCCAAUAACAGUGGAGAUCGGAGCGGUUUGUGGUAUUCUUACUUACCAGUUUGGCGCUUCAUUUGCUGCAAUGACCUUUAGUACCAUGAUUUUGUACUCCAUCUUUACGUUCAAGACCACUGCAUGGAGAACAGAGUUCAGAAAAUCAGCCAACAGAGCGGACAAUAAAGCGGCUUCGAUUGCAGUGGACUCACUAAUAAACUUUGAGGCAGUGAAAUACUUCAACAACGAAAGCUAUUUGGCUUCGAAAUACUACAAAUCGUUGAGUAAUUACAAAGAUUCUCAAAUUAAAAUUGCGAAAUCAUUGUCGUUCUUGAAUGCGGGUCAAAGUUUAAUUUUUACCUCCGCACUUACUGCUAUGAUGUAUAUGGGUUGCACUGGUGUUGUCAACGGAUCAUUGUCAGUCGGUGAUUUAGUCCUGAUUAAUCAGCUUGUGUUUCAACUCUCAGUUCCGUUAAAUUUCCUUGGAAGCGUUUAUCGUGAGUUAAAGCAAUCGCUGAUUGACAUGGAAUCCCUGUUUCAAUUGCAAAAAAACAAGAUCAGCAUCCAAAAUGUCGAGAGACCCUUGAUGCUCCCAGAUCGCUUACCAUCCGAGAUUAUAUUUGAAAACGUUUCUUUUGGUUACAACCCAGAAAGGCUUAUUCUAAAAAACGCUAGCUUCACUUUACCUGCUGGCUGGAAAACAGCUAUAGUCGGACCAUCUGGUAGUGGAAAAUCAACCAUUCUGAAACUUGUAUUCAGGUUCUACGACCCAAGUGAAGGCAGAAUUUUAGUCGAUGGGAAAGAUGUGAGAGAGCUGGACAUGGAGUCACUAAGGCGCUCUAUCGCGGUUGUCCCACAAGAUACACCAUUGUUCAAUGACACAAUCUGGGAAAAUGUAAGGUUUGGUAAAAUCACCGCUUCUGACGAAGAGAUUGCUAAAGCAAUCAAAAAAGCUCAACUACAUUCUCUAAUCGCACAGCUUCCCAAAGGAAAAGACACUAUUGUGGGAGAGCGCGGACUGAUGAUUAGUGGCGGUGAGAAGCAGAGGCUUGCAAUCGCACGGGUAUUGUUGAAAGAUGCUCCCACAAUGUUUUUCGAUGAGGCCACCAGUGCGUUAGACACUCACACGGAGCAGGCGCUGCUGAGGACUGUGAAGCAGAAUUUCACAAGCGGGUCGAAAACCAGCGUUUAUAUCGCACACCGGCUGCGAACCAUCGCCGAUGCAGACAAGAUUAUUGUAUUGGACCAAGGCCAAGUCAAGGAAGAAGGAAGGCACACAGAGCUGCUUGCGCGUCCGGAUUCGCUUUAUAAAGACCUUUGGACCAUUCAAGAAAAUUUAGACGUUCUAGAAGAUGAGCUGAAGGAUGAGGUUAUAGCGGAAGACAAGCCGAAAGAGAACCACAUGUAA